GCCUCCAUCAUCAUCCCCAACACUCGCGAUUCCGAAGGAAAACCCCUAAACCGUUCGAGGAGAUCUUUCUAGAUCAAUUAUUAAGACCAUCUCCAAUGGCUGCACCGAGUGCUGCCCCGCACAACGCUGAGCCCGCGCUGCCCGAUGAGCGCAAGAAGCAGCAGCUCCCUCCAAAGUCAUACGCUGAUGCUGUGGAGCAAGAGCCUCCUGCGAAUGGCACCAAUGGCACCAAUGAUGCAAAUGGUAUAAAUGGUGCGAAUGGAAAUGGAACUGAACAUGACGAUUCAAAGCAAACGGGGCAUAUGGCCUCGGUGUUGAGAAUUGUCGACACAGGUGCCCCGGAAACAAAAGAUAAACAGGAGGGAAGACCUCAGUUCGAGAGGCAAGAGUCUAAGCACGAAUACUCUGCGGCUGGCCUCGACGAUACCCCACGAACUCCUCCUCGAAACAAACAUCGCAAAACCGGAUCGAAAAGUAGCAAUAGCUCACAGGAUAAGCCGAGUGCGGAUGAGAAGGAAUCAGAAUCCAAUGGUUUAGACAAGCCUAAGAGGGCCAAGGUCAAGGAUCGUCGAAAGGACACCACUGUUUUCGAAAAGGUCGGCGAGCAAAAUGGCAGCAAGCUCAUAAGUGUUAAGACAACAGGGACUUAUGAAAAGCAAAUUCAAAAAGAUCAGAAGGAAGCUCCAAAGCACGAAAAUGGGGAAGGUAUUACCUCUGGCAAGAAACCCGGACAGAGAUGGGAGAGGAGCGCCAUUCGAUUCGCCCCACUGAAUGUUCCACUACAUCGACGACUACAGACUCUUGUCGUACUUUUUCAUACGCUCUGCAUCGCCAUUUGCGUAUCGACUUUUUGCUUCCUAUGUGCAAUCCCCCUUUUCUGGCCGUUAUUGAUACCUUACAUGAUUUAUUGCAUGUCCUCAAAAGCAUCAACUUCUGGCACCAUGAGCCAUCGUUCGGAAUUUCUACGAUCUUUACCAGUGUGGUCGCUCUUUGCUUCCUACUUUCCAGCCAGGCUUCACAGGACGCAGGAGCUUCCUCCUACCAGAAAAUACAUUUUUGGAUAUCAUCCGCAUGGAAUCAUAUCAAUGGGGGCAUUUGCAGCAUUCUCGACUGAGGCUCUUGGGUUCUCGCAGCUGUUCCCAGGAAUUAAAAAUGCUCUUCUUACGCUGGACUCCAAUUUCAGAAUUCCUAUCUAUCGAGACUAUGCUUUGGCUAUGGGUCUUGCAUCUGUCUCUAAGGAGUCAUGUGAGAACCUCCUAUCAAGAGGAGGUCCCAAUAAGGAGGGCAUGGGACGUGCCAUUACUAUUGUUGUUGGGGGUGCCCGAGAGUCCCUAGACGCUCAGCCAUACCAACUCCGACUUGUUCUCAAGCGUCGCAAGGGCUUCGUCAAGAUGGCAAUCCGCACUGGGGCAGAUCUUGUCCCCGUUCUCGCAUUUGGAGAGAACGAUCUCUAUGACCAGUUCCAACCAGACUCACACCCCAAGAUCCACAAGUUUCAACUGAUUGUGAAGAAGUUGCUCGGCUUCACGAUCCCGUUGUUCCAUGCAAGAGGCGUCUUCAACUAUGAUGUUGGAUUGAUGCCCUACCGGAGACCAAUGAACAUUGUCGUCGGAAGACCCAUCAGGGUUGUUCAAUCACCACAUCCAGAUCAGGAGGAGAUUGAUCGUGUUCAUGAGCGGUAUAUUCAGGAAUUGGAGAGAAUAUGGGAGACGUGGAAGGAUGACUUUGCUCCUAAUCGGAAGGAAGAGCUUCAGGUUCUUGAGUAGUAAUAAGUGCAAAAGGGUUGGAUUGCAUUAUGGCAGGAACAGGCGUCACGGAUUGGAAAGCAACAAUUGCAUAUGCUGACGAUUUUGUAUAAUGAAUUCAUCUUUCAAAAGCUUUACAGAACCUGAAAAUGUGCAAUUGGAUCUCUUCUGCCAGUGGGCCGAGAAAUGGGUUUAUUUAGGAAUCGGGGCUCGGCAAUGAUCCAAAGUAAUUUCAUUCCUGAAUUUCUUCAGUUUAUGUUGCCUGAUUUUCUGGUCUCCUCAUACGAUUAC